GCCAGGAGCCGGUGGGAAAGAACGGGUGCUGAGCUCGGUCAACCAGCAUCAGCCCAGCGGUAUCCGUGGAGAGAGCCGACGCGGGGUGGUGGCGGAAAGCCGAGCCAAGAGAAAGUCCAGCGAGGCGAAGACCCGACACCACACACCGCGCCUCGUUGACGGGACACCCCAGAUCGGAGUCCUGAGACCCGCGAACCUAGAGAGCGGAGGGAAGACCCGAGAGGGCUGCCGCAGUCGGUCCUGUGGGAGGCGGCGUCUGGGCGCCCAGUGCCCUCCUGGAGUGUCACGCUAGUCUGCGAAGCGCCCCUGCAGCAAACCUCACCCCGGGAAAGAUCGCGCCAGUCCAGGCUUAAAAGUCGUCUUGGAAACUGAGCGGCACGCGCCUAGCUCCACGUUCCUGCUCCUGAUUCCUCGGAGUCCUCAGCUUCCUGAGCGGCGACAGUGAGACCCUGCACGGAGCUGAGAAACCUGUUCGGCCGGAGACAGCUGCCGGACCCCCAACUUGCCGCUAGGAGAGCGCCUCCAGAUCGCCGGAGGGCACCUUUGCAGCCGGGGUGAUCCCCCCAACUCGCCACUGUCUUCGGGGUGCAGGGCGGACCCGCGCGCAUGGAGGACCACACCGAGCACCCUGAGCGCGCGAACGCGUCGAGCCUGGGCACCUUGCCCCAGCCUCCGCCGGCUAUACAAGCGGUGACCUUGACCCUGGUGCCUCUCGUGUGCGCCAUGGGUGUGGCCGGCAACGCCAUGGUGGUCCUGGUGGUACUCCGGGGCCGUCACAUGGUCACGCCCACCAACUGUUACUUGGUGAGCCUGGCCGCGGCGGACCUGCUGGUGCUCCUGGCGGCCGGAGUGCCCACCGUCGCCGAGGCGGCGUCCGCCCGCGUUUGGGUCUUCGGCCACGCAGGCUGCCUGGGCAUCACCUACCUGCAGUACGUGGGCAUCAACACGUCCACGGGCUCCAUCGCCGCGUUCACGGUGGAGCGCUACCUCGCCAUCUGCCACCCGCUGCGCGCCCAAACUCUGUGCACCGUGGCGCGGGCCAAGCGCAUCGCGGCUUUGGUGUGGCUGGGCACCAGCGCCUACUGCGUGCUCUGGCUCUUCCUGGUGGACACAACGGAGACCGCGUACGCCGACGGCGUGCAGGUGCAGUGCGGCUACCGCGUGUCGCGCUCUCUCUACCUGCCCGUCUACUUCCUGGACUUCGCACUCUUCUAUGCGCUGCCCCUGGGCCUGGCCACCGUGUUCUACGUGCUCAUAGCGCGCGUCCUCUUCGCACGGCCGCUGCCUCCUGCGCGCCCGGGGCACUGGGGCUCUGCGCACCAGGGCAGCCCCGCGGGCCACCAGCGCUUCUCCUGCAGGGGCAAGAAAGGCGCCCUCAACUCCCGGAAGCAGGUCACCAAGAUGCUGGCUGUGGUUUUUGCUCUGCUGUGGCUGCCCUACCGUGCCCUGGUGGUGGUGAAUUCCUUCCUGAGCCCGCCCUACCUCAACCUUGGCUUCCUUCUCUUCUGCCGGCUUUGCAUCUACCUGAACAGCGCGGUCAACCCCGUCAUCUACGCCCUUAUGUCCCAGCGCUUCCGGGAGGCCUUCCAGGGACUAUUUCAGUGCCAGCUGGCCCGGCCCAAGCUCCCGCCCCAGGAGGCCACCCCUGUGUACUACAGUGUCAUCAAAGACUGUCCCCAGAUCAGACUGGGCUCUUAGAGGGAACCAGGGAGCAUGAUGUGCAGACAGGAUCCUGGCACCUGAGGGCAAGGCCCACUACUUUAUUUCUACCGAGGAGGGAGCGGUGGAGGAGGGAGUGGCGUCCAGGGCUGUUUAGCAGAGGUGCACAGGUUGGGCACUUUACAACCCUAGGGGUCACCGUUCACAUCACAGCCUACAUUUGUAUAUUUAGUAAAACAAUUUCCCAGUUUAAUAAAUAGACAAAUCUAAGCGGGAGGCACCUUUUUAUAAUUUACACAAAGGCACUCGAGGGCCUAGAGGCAGCCUGGGUGGGUCAACAUUUGCAGAGACUGAGUAGGGUAGGAGCUAUUACCGGGGAUCUCUUGGGAAUCUGUGGGCCCUCUUCCUGAAAAUUCAGAGAGCCUUCCCCCACCCAAGGAUAAACCCCAGACGCUGCCUCCCUCUGAAUGGUGACAUGUGACUUUGUCGGGGACCUGCUCCACACAGGGCAGCCUGCUGGGCAUUACAGAUACUACGGCGAGGAUGCCAGCAGGGCCCCUGCUCUCGGGAGCUCCCAGUCUAACGGGGA